AAUAUGCACCAGUGAUACGGUGAGUGCCACAUUUAUUUGACUUAUGGUUGGUUACCUACCCAGUAAUAAUUAAUAAACACACUGAUGGCAAGCGAGAAUCUGCUGGAUUUAAAAACUUCAUCUUUAGAACAUCAUAGUACCGAAACUCUCAACCAAACUCCAGGGAACAACAAACUACUGACUACAAUUUUCCUUAUUCUAGCAGUCAGUACUGCCUUUACAAUCACAUUAUUCCUGUUCUUGUGGCACUAUGACGUAUCUAUUAAAAUUAAUAUAGUGUCCAACGCGCCACAAAUUGACCCCAUCAAUAAAGAAACCCCAUCUGAUAGUCCACGUCUCGACCCAGAAAAUCUAACCAUCAUUCCUCGUGAAGCUUGGCAACUCAAACCCCCCCAGCACCCCACAGACCUUUCACUUCCAGUUCCAUACGUAAUAAUCCACUUUACCGCCACCAAGGAAUGCUCGGCACCACCUCAGUGUAUGCACUACGCAAGAAUCAUCCAAUCUUCACAUAUAAAAAUUAGACAUUGGCGCGACAUUGGGUACAACUUCCUCGUGGGUGGAGAUGGACAAGUGUACGAAGGACGAGGAUGGAAAAGUAUGGGUGCUCACACCAAAGACUACAAUUCCAAAAGCAUAGGAAUCGCCUUCAUUGGAACUUUCAACGACAACAAACCCCCAAAACAACAACUGGAGGCUUGUAGAGGGUUGAUCGACAAAGGGGUGCAAAUGGGGUACGUCGAUAAAGAUUAUAAGUUGUUUGGGGCAAGACAAUUUCAACCCCCGUUGAGUCCCGGAGAUGCCCUGUACGAAGAGAUUAAAAUGUGGAAGCACUGGUCGAAAACUACUAAAUAAAGACAUGUAUUCGUUGUUAUAGUGGGUUGUAACCCAUAAAUCAAUAGUGACGUUCCUCCAGGAUUUCCACGAAAUCCGUUGUGUUAUCUAGGAGAUAAAUUAUGACAUUUGA